CCAUGACAACCUAAAUACAAGUAAGGUAACGAAAUAUCCUAGGUGUGCUCUCAACGAACUUCCGAUGAGAGUCGUGUUCAGAGGCGAGCAAUAUCACUGGAAUUUGAGAGGAAACAGUUCAAUAUUCGCUUGUCGCAAUUCGUAUGGAGGAGAUGACGCUUGCAACCUCUUGGUGUUAACCUUUCUAUACCAAGGGGCAUCAUCCCAGUGCUCCAUGGCCAUGUCAUCGGCCUCACUACUAAAGCGGUUCAGCGAUGUAGCACGGUCGCCAAAAGGGUGCCGCUACAACCCAGAGAGAUCCGGCGUUGGUAUUGUCUCGGCUGUUAUGGAACCAGCCGUUGCACGCCUACGCAUCGUCGGGCCUCUCAUCAACACCAACGCGCGUGAGAUCCUAGAGAUUACACGACCGAACCUCUGUUGGAGCAAUAGGAGGCCAUUCCGAGCAGCCAUACUGUCAUGCGGUCUAUGCCGCAGGUGGAUCGGUAGUGGCACCGUCUACAUGUUCAAAGGCGAGAUGGGAUUUUGUAAACAAGAGUGUCUUUGCGACUAUAUCACUGAGCAAUUGGAAAAGGAGACAGAGAGGGUGAGAUGGUGUGGAAGAGAAAAGGUGCCAACAAUGUUGGACAAGGAAGGCGACCAGAGCUGCAUUUUCUUCACCUGCGCUGGCAGCCUAUGAUGCACCUACGUCUAUGUUUGAGAGAUGUAUGGGCUUAGAAGGACCAGAACCUAUUUUUCACAACUGUAUAACUUGGUGCUUUUGUAAGUAAUAGAACACCUGAUGGUUAGUAAAUAAUUAUACACUUUUGACGUGGUACGAGCA